GCGCAUGCACGUGCCCCAAGCGAUUCAACCAAGUUCCGCACGAGAUCGUACUUAAAUUAUUCCACUUGUGAGGGCGAUACCAGCUUAGACGCAAAUGCCAGUGCUAUAACAGUGCUUGUCCUGUAUUCGUUCAGACCACUGGUUCCACGUCCCUAACUAUCUGAAAGUAAAAACAGUUUCAUGCCAACCAUUUACAGCACUGACCUGGUCUGCUUGUUACCUGCACCUUAAUCUGAGCUUUGGGGGUAAGCUUGCAAUUCAAUACUCGUCUUCAUUUUGCGAAAAAAUCAGCUAUUCCGAAUCACUAGCUGCUUGUAAUUUCUUCUAUUGAGUGAGUGAUUCACUGACCUUGGUCAAACUUGACUGCUGGAUUCAUUCUUGGAGUGGUUAAAAAUUAGCAUCCGGUUUUGCAUUCUUCCUUUUUUCUGGACGUCGUAGGCCACCCUGAACAGCUGACUGGAGCUGAAGCACGGAUCCUUCGGAGCAUUUAUUCCGAUCCUAUUUUUCACAAAACAAGGCCUUGCCCUGAUAGUCUUGCGAAAGAGCAAGCUCGAAGAACAUGAAUGGUUGCUAUUCUCGGUGUGAGCUCAACAGAGACUCACGAAGCCAAAUGAGCUAUUAUUGAAUUACGAAGGGGCUAUAUUUUGAACCCUUUGGGCCACCGCCGUAAUUUGACACGGGAAUUGAAAGAUCGGAGGGCAACUAGUUCGCGAUCUUCGUGCAUGAAAUAUAGCACCCCUUGAGCCCGAAGCGGAAAUGUUCCGACCGCUUGCUCCACUGCCACUGCAACUGGGUGUGGAAUGAACCCCUUCAUACUGAACCAGGAGAUUCACCUUUACACCAGACGCAUGGUUGGCUCUUCUGACAGCAUCUGGCUAGCUAGCUGGGCCGAUCGAAGAAGAGUCUAGCGUCGUACUGCUUCGAUCUUCCACUGUAUAAAUUCCUGUCGAUUGUAGAGAGAAUUUGGCAUUAGUGGAGUGGGCAGAGAGGGAAUAGUCGGAGCAUUCUAUUUUUGGCCCAGUGUUCGUUCCGUCUGCUUGAAUAUAUAAACGCCUCAGUGUGCCUCUGUAUAUUGAUCCAUAGCAUCCAAUCACAGGCUCUUCUUCUACUUCUUGUGGCAAUCUUUAAGGUUCUCAAAGAUAGAUAUCCGAAGAGGUCGACAACUGCUAGCUAGCUUUUCAAAAUGGGUAAAACAGAUGAUGGAAUCGUCGAAGGAGAAAGCAGUAGUGGUUCUAGACCUGGUGCGAUUUCCAAAAUCACAGAUGCCGCUCGUCUUUCGACGGGCGGCUCUCAAAAGGUGAAAUCACCCCUGGCCCUGAGCGUUCACAACAAAUCUAUGCGCCAUGGAGGCAGCAGCAGGGGCAGCAGACGCUUGGGUUUGCGUCGGGUUGAUUCACUGGAAGAGGAAGCCAAUCGCGUGAAAGCUAUGGAUUCACAGACUCACGGGAAUCAAGAUUUGCCCUGGGCGGUCACGCUCUCGCUAGCAUACCAGACGAUCGGGGUGGUUUAUGGCGAUCUCGGGACAUCACCGCUAUACGUUUUCGCAAGUGCUUUUCCAGAUAAGACUCCAUCGAGAGAUGACAUUCUUGGUGCCCUUUCGAUCGUCAUAUACACGUUCACACUCAUACCUCUCAUGAAAUACGUCUUCAUCGUGUUGCGCGCAAACGACCAGGGCAAUGGUGGAACGUUCGCAUUAUACUCCUUGAUUGCUCGUUUUACGAAGAUAAUGGUCUCGCCAAAUCAAGCGCCGGAAGAUUCAGAAGUAUCCUCGUAUAAGCUGCACACUGCUUCUAAUACCUUAAAGCGGUCUCAGUUUCUCAAAGAAGCCUUCAGGAAACACCUUUGGAUGAGAAACACCAUUCUGACGAUUGCCAUCUUGGGAACAUCCAUGGUCAUUGGAGAUGGAGUUCUUACUCCCUCAAUAUCAGUGCUGUCAGCUAUACAAGGAAUUAAGGUCCAGAAACCGGAUCUCUCUCAAGAUAUCGUCGUGAUUAUCACGAUCAUCAUUCUUAUUGGGUUGUUUUCGAUCCAAAGAUACGGUACGGAUACAGUUGGAUAUAUAUUUUCGCCUGUUGUAACAGUCUGGUUGAUCUCCAUCGCGUUGAUCGGGAUCUACAACAUUAUUGAGAAGGAUCACACCGUGUACAAAGCCUUCAAUCCUUAUCACAUGUAUGACUACCUCGCGAGAAACAAGAAAGAGGGCUGGAUCUCUCUUGGAGGACUCGUGCUUUGCGUUACAGGAACGGAGGCUAUGUUCGCCGAUUUGGGCCACUUCUCAGUCGCAGCGAUUCAGAUUGCAUUCACAACGUUGGUGUACCCUUGCCUCCUGGUUGCUUACAUCGGUCAGGCAGCAUACCUUCUAAAGCAUCCCGAGGCCGUCGGCGAGACAUUCUACAAUUCCAUUCCAGAGAAAGUCUUCUGGCCUAUGUUCGUGGUAGCGACAUUUGCUGCUAUCAUUGCAAGUCAAGCCAUGAUUUCUGCAACAUUCUCCAUAGUAACUCAGGCUAUGACGCUGGGUUGUUUCCCAAGAGUGAAAGUCGUCCACACAAGCAAGAAAUAUGUUGGACAAAUCUACAUUCCAGAUUUAAAUUGGCUCAUGAUGGUUCUCUGCAUCAUCAUUGCGGCUGGCUUUCGGGACACAACUCAGAUCGGAAAUGCUUAUGGAGUUGCCGUGGUAUCAGUAUUCUUCGUGACGACCAACUUGACAACCCUCAUAGCCAUCAUGAUCUGGCAGGUUCCUCUGUACUUUGCUCUCCCUGCCUACGUUACUAUCGGCUCUGUCGAGCUCCUGUACUUUUCGUCGAUCAUGUACAAAGUCCCCAAGGGAGGAUGGGUUCCAUUGGUGUUCGUGGCAAUCUUCUUCAGCAUCAUGUACACGUGGAACUAUGGUAGACGCAUGAAGUACGAUUACGAGGUGAAGAACAAGGUGUCUCUGGACUGGGUGCUCGGGCUAGGAUCCAACCUCGGAGUUCAGCGAGUACCUGGAAUCGGUCUGGUGUACACAGAGUUGGCCCAGGGCGUUCCCACCAUCUUUCCCCAUCUGAUCAGCAACCUCCCAGCCAUGCACUCCAUCCUCGUCUUGGUGUGCGUCAAGAACCUGCCGGUUCCGAAUGUUCUGGACGAGGAGCGAUUUCUGAUCCGCCGGAUCGGCCCCAAGCAAUUCCGCAUGUUCCGAUGUGCAGUCAGGUUCGGGUACAGAGAUGUCCAGGAAAGGAAGACUUAUCACUUUGAGCAGCAACUGAUUCAGAAUCUCGCCAACUUCAUCAUGACAGAGGUCACGAACCCACCAGACCUGACAGUCGCCUUGGGGCAAGAUGUUCCAGAUCUGCAGAAGGGACUGCUGGCUGCAGAGGAGCUGGAAGGGACAAUCAGAGCGUCUAACAUCAUGAGAUCAGCCAGGCGAAUCUCCAGAGACGUAGAUGAUGAAGAUGAAGAUUCAUCCUCGGAAAGUGAGAGUCUGGCCUUGAAGGCCCCGAAAAAGAUUGACGCCGGAAUCGAAGAGGAGAUUGAGUUCAUUGACUCUUCCAGGCAUGCGGGUGUGGUGUACCUCCUGGGUCAAACAGAGAUCAGAGCACGCAAAAGCUCGUCAAAGUUCCGCAGAUUCCUGAUCAACCACUACUACAGCGCCCUCAAGCGAAACUGCCGAAAAUCCACGUUGGCGCUCAACAUUCCGCAUGAGAGGCUCCUUCAAGUCGGCAUGAUUCAUUAUAUCUAGUCCUCUGUCUAGCUAGCGACUGCAUGGAGCUUCAACGAUGGCGCUGACCUUUACCACGCAGACACCACUCAAUCAAGGGGUACGGUAUGAUCGUCGAUCACUACACUGAAGUUAUGUACUCCAAAGCAUUAUUUCAUGUACUCCGUACGUGGAUCGGAUGUAUUAUGCAUCGGAUCGAAGCAUUGUUGAGUCUGUCUGAGCUUACCGAUUAGUCCAAGCGCUUGGAGAGAUACUAGACUGCAGACUUCUUCAACAGUUGAAGAGUUGAAGGAUUAAGUUCCCAGAUUCCAGUUCAAUAUACGCUUGGAUCUUUCAUAUACAGCUCUUGGCAAACACAAUCCAACUAGAUAGGUACAACACUCGAUCUAACUCUAGGAAAGAUGAUUUAGUGAGCCAUUUCAUAGAGACCGGAGGAGUCCAGCCCUUGCGUUCAGGGGUUUUCUGAGCUUCAGGACCUUGAGCCUGUUCAGCCUGAACACACUGACACAAUCGCUGCAUUCUAUAGAAACUGAGAAAAUUUCCACACCAGCCAGUAGAUGGUGCAGACGUUGAGUAGAACUUAAAUACACACAGUUUCGUCCUUACAGACACCAAGCUGACACACGCGUACUGUGAGGCAGCAGUUAAUAAAGCGGGACUCUGUCAACUUCAGUAGAAUGGAAAUGUCUACCUCAUGAUCAACAAAGCAAUUAAAGGUUUUUUUAAUCUUAAUUUAGCACGAGACUGUAUUCGAACCAAGCGUCUUGGGAUUUAGACUUAGUGAGUAGUUUGGGUUCAAAUUUUACAUAGAUUCCUUUUUAUUUCUUUCAUUCAAGAAU